AUGUCCUUCCUCUCUCAUUUGAACCCAACACCCGGCUUUCCGUCCUACACAGGCCCAUACCAGGUCGGCUCAGUCGAUGUAGAGAUACCGGUGGCGGACCUCGAGGCUCCAAGCCCUGCGCCGGACUCGACAAUUGCAACCACCGCCUUCCGUGUCUUCUACCCGUGCGAACCUGGCACACACGAGAGACCCGUAAGAUGGAUCCCGAACCCUCAGCGUGGCUACGUGAGCGCGUACGCUCGCUUCCUAGGCGCCGGUUCCGCCUUCUCUGAGCUCUUCUCCUUCUUCCCCCAGCUCCUCUACUACAUCUCGAUCCCUGUCCACCGCAACGCGCGCCUCCUCCCUGCACCUACCAAGUCCGCCCGCUGGCCUGUCCUCGUCUUCUCCCACGGCCUCGGCGGCACCCGUAACACGUACUCGCACCUCGCCGGCUCGCUCUCCAGCCACGGCAUCGUUGUCAUAGCGCCCGACCACCGCGACGGCAGCGCCCCAAUCUCCUAUGUCCGCGCUACGGACAAGUCUGAAGCCCGAGAGGUGCCCUACCGCGCCGUGCCGCACAAGCCCUCACCCGAUACUUGGGCGCAGCGCGACGAGCAGCUCAAGAUCCGGCUGUGGGAGCUGGGGCUCGUGCACGACGCGCUCCUCAAAAUCGACCAAGGGGCUCCCCUCAAGAAUCUCGACCCCAACACGCCCAGCAAUGGUCACUUUCACAAAGGCGGCCCCUUCGACGCCCUUUCCCUCUUCCGCAACGCCCUCGACGUCCACCGCCCAGGCGCCAUAACCUGGGCAGGCCACUCCUUCGGCGCCGCCACAACCGUCCAGUUCGUCAAGAGCGUCUUCUACCGCCCCAGCGCCCACGACGCCAAGAAGCACAACUACACCCCUCUCUUCAAGCCCUCGCCCGACUCAGCACUAGCGCAGCAAGUCACGCCGCAGAGUCCCGUCAUGCUGCUCGAUCUCUGGUGCCUCCCUCUGCACUCCCCCGCCACAGCCUGGCUCUGGGCGAAGCCGCUCCCCGCCUACGCCCCCUCGGGCGCCGGCGGCACCGCCAUCCUCGCCGUCCUCAGCGAAGCCUUCUUCAAGUGGUCCUCGCACCUGCGCGAGACGAAGCGCGUACUCUCCGAGUCCCCGACCUCGGACCACCCGCGCCGCGCCCAGCCGGCCCCGCGCUUCUUCUACGCGGCCGCCUCGGCGCACCUCAGCCAGAGCGACUUCGGCGUCCUCUUCCCCUGGGUCACGAAGCGCGUCUUCAAGGCCGAGGAGCCCGUGCGCACCAUCACGCUGAACGCGCGCGCCAUGCUGCAGGUGAUGCGGGAGUGCGGCAUCGAGGUCGCGGAGACGUCCAGGGCGGAUAGAGAGAGUGCCGAGGAGGGGAGCGACGAUGCGGCGAUUGUGGACCCCGGGGCUGGGAUUAGGGGCUGGAUCCCCUUGACGACGGAUCUGGAUGAGCGCGAGGAGAGGCGCUUGGGGGAGAAGGAGAGGAGGGAGGAUGUUAAUAGGGGACCGGGCGAGGCGGUUGUGGAGGGCGAGGUUUUAGGGCAGGUAAGGAGUAAUGCGUAG